AUGGAGGGCGCCUCCGAGGAGUGGUCAGUCAGCUCCAACGAAGCAUGCACACUGUCUCUGAUCCAGCCGCCAGGCGGACCGCCGGCGCACAAAUUUCAUCCCGAGUUCACGUACCCCAUAUUCGGCGAAGCAGAACAGAUAUUCGGCUACAAAGACCUCCAGAUCGAUCUCAAGUUUGCGGCGCAUGACAUGCGACCGAGCCUGCAGAUAUCGUACGGAAAGAAGUUCAAGACCGUCGGUGACACUAAAGCUACUGAUCUCAACGAGUCACUGAGGGAGUUUCUACCACCCAUCGCUUUCGAGCAAGGCUUGGAGCAAGCGCUACAAAAUGAUCCAGAUCUGCCAUCGUGGAAGCCACCCGGAGAGCGCAUCUCAGAGUACAGCCGGAACGGCGAGACAUACGAGAUAUGGGCAGCCUCGCUCUCCGAUCCACGGAUGAAGACCUUGGUAGGCAACAUACAGGUUCUCAUCACGAUGUUCAUAGAAGGUGGCACGCAUCUGGACUUGGACGAUGUCGAAUGGACGCUGAAUCGAUGGAAAGUGUAUGUCGCUUACAAAAGAGCUGCACCAGAAGUCAACCCGAAGGCAUCACCGUACAGCUUCGUGGGCUACUCGACAACUUACCGCUUCUACCGACUUCAGCUGCGAUCUCCGGAACAGAAGUCUGUUGCGAACAAAUCCGACUUCCUCGAACCAUUCCCACCCACGAAACCGUUGACUGCACAAGAGGUACCCUCGAGACUGCGGAUAUCGCAAUUCCUCAUCCUCCCAGAGUACCAGAGAGCAGGUCAUGGCGCUGCGCUAUACUAUGCCAUCUACGACGAGGCACUCGCCGAUUCCACCAUAACCGAAUUGACCGUCGAAGACCCGAGUGAGGAGUUCGACAAGCUAAGAGAUGUCUGCGACUUCAGGAGACUGCGGCCAGAAUUCGAGAAGCACGACAUCAAGCUCGACACAGAACCAUUCAUCCAGGCAGCACGAGGCAGUAUUCAUACCGUGCCGACCGCAAAGCUACUUCCCCGCGACACACUCAAAGAUAUCCGCCACCAAUACAAGAUCGCGCCUCGCCAAUUUGCCCGCCUCACAGAGCUCUACCUCCUCGCCAACAUCGCCUACUCGCAUCGGUCCUCGGGAGGUGGCUCCAAGACUGCCCUCAAGAUUAAAGGCCCCAGAGCAGCCAACCCAGAUGACCGGGCGUACUAUUGGUGGAGAGUGCUGUUGAAGCAGCGGAUAUACAAGAAGAACAAGGAUGUCUUGCUCCAGCUGGAUGAGGACGAGCGGAGGUCGAAAAUGGACGAUACUGCCAAUGGGCAGGAGGACGAGUUUGAGGGUCUUCUGUUGCUUUAUUCCACCGGCCUGCAGAAGGAAGAGGCUCGGAAUGGAAAUGGUGCUGGCCCAAGUGGUUCGUCUGGUGCUCGAAAGCGGAGAGUAAUCGAUGAUGAAGAAGAUGAGCAUGGCGAGAGCGAUGGUGCUCAUUCUAAGCGGGUGAAGGCAUAA